UGUAGUGCCAAAAUGGCGCCUUGCCGUGAGUGCGUAUCUAGUGUCUCUUUAUUUGUUUUCAUUGGUUUGUGUUUAUUUUGAAUAUUUCCCAGAAAUAUUUAGUUUAAAUAAUUUGUUUAUUUAGUUAACUUUAACGAAAGGUGUUAUCGUGUGUGGAUUACCCUAUCGUUAUUCUGGGUUAUCGAUAAGUGGAAGUCAGCUCACCUGUGAUUACCGUUCAGUCUCCAACAUCCCACCUGAGGAAUAUAAUAUUGAGUGUUAUACAGUUUUAGUGAUGGAAAAGUGAAUUUAUCGUAAUAAUAUAGGAAGUUUACGUUUGCACGUCACAUAGCCUAAGUGAAAAUGAAUUCGGUUUCAAAUUGAUAUGCAAGUCAAGGCCUGAUUUGUCAUACUUAAGUUAACUUAAUACCGCAGUUAUAAAAAGGGUACAGGUACAGGUUAUUGUAUCUUAAAAUUGGCUAGGCUUGUGUUCUUGGUUGUGUAAAGUGAUAAGUUGUGUUAUGUCAAUCAUCUUCUGAAACUACAAUCAUAAUAGAGAAGGAUGGCUUUUAAUGAGAAAGUGGACCCCGAGCUGAUAUUCACGAAACAGGAGAGGAUCGGCAAGGGGUCGUUCGGUGAGGUGUUCAAAGGAAUCGACAACCGCACGCAGCAGGUGGUGGCCAUCAAGAUCAUAGACCUAGAGGAGGCUGAAGAUGAGAUCGAGGAUAUUCAGCAGGAGAUCAUGGUGCUGUCCCAGUGCGACAGUCCCUUCGUCACCAAGUACUUCGGAUCAUACCUCAAGGGUACGAAGCUAUGGAUCAUCAUGGAGUACCUGGGCGGCGGCUCGGCCCUGGACCUGAUGAAGGCCGGCAGUUUUGAGGAGAUGCACAUCGCCAUCAUCCUUAGAGAAGUACUCAAGGGGUUGGACUACCUGCAUAGCGAGCGGAAACUCCACAGGGACAUAAAAGCGGCAAACGUUCUGUUGAGCGAGAUGGGAGAUGUAAAGUUGGCAGACUUUGGAGUCGCCGGACAGCUGACAAACACCACAAGCAAACGGAACACCUUCGUAGGAACACCUUUCUGGAUGGCGCCAGAGGUCAUCAAGCAAAGCGCUUAUGACUCCAAGGCUGACAUCUGGUCACUAGGAAUCACUGCUAUAGAGUUGGCUAAGGGAGAACCUCCCAACUCUGAGCUGCAUCCUAUGAGGGUGUUGUUCCUCAUACCAAAAAACAACCCUCCUCAGUUGACUGGCAACUAUACCAAACAGUUCAAAGAGUUUGUUGAAGCUUGUCUAAACAAGGAUCCCGAGAAUAGGCCCACAGCAAAAGAAUUGCUCAAGUUUCCCUUCAUUAGGAAAGCAAAGAAAAAUUCUUAUUUAAUAGACCUUAUAGAUAGGUAUAAGAAAUGGAAGUCGUCAAGAAGUGAAGAGAGUGAAACGGAAUCCGAGAAUUCAGAUUCUGAGGAGUCAGGCAAGCCAGACAGUGACAUGGAAGAGCCGUCGUGGAUCAUGACGGUGAAGGGUCCUCACGGAGUCAAGAGUCCAGUGUCUGAGCCGUUAGAGAACCACGUCGUCCCGGUCAAGAAAGUGUCUCAGAACGGCUCGGGACCUCAGACUCCCAGCAAGACUAUCAUACAGGAGAACCACUUCCGCAACCGCCAACCUGACAAAACACCCUCGGGGAGACCGUUGUCAGCCGCACCAUCACCUCCUAGUACUCAGCUACCUGAGAAAAGAAGCAAGGACUCUGACACACCUCAGCUGGAGAAGAAACAACCUAGACCCAGGUCUGAGGUCAAGAUAUCCUCUACGCCUCGGUCACCCUGCCUCGCUCAACUCAUCUACCCUCUCAUCUCAGAGCUGCAAAGGAGGCAUCAGUACACUUCGCGAGUGGACUCAGGCCACAAGACAGACGCCAUCGAGGAACUGAAGAACGCUUUUGAACUGGCAGAGAGAGCGAGUCCUGGCAUCAGUGAUCAGUUUGUCAAGGAGAUGGUGCAGAAACUGCUACCCGCUACGUCAGAACCUAGGCUCAAGAAUAUCAUGGAUAGAAUCACCAGGGAUGGAUCGUAGGUAGCCGCCAAGACAAAGCAUCCUUCUCACGUCUACAGGCCCGAUCAUGCCUUGACACGGAAACGUUCGUUCUUGUACAAAUGUAUACAAAUUGAUGAGAUUAUACACUAUACAUUCUAAACACAUAUUGUUACAUAUAGCUGUAUAUAUUUUAUGUAUAGUUGUAUAAGCGUGCCACCCAUGAUUGUUGUAUACAGGGUACCUAUAUUGUUUUUCGACGGUAAAUUUCUAUAGUCAGUAUUUUAUUUUAUGAAAUCAUAUUCCUCUACCUGUUUCCUUUUACAAAUCUAACUUAUUUAUUUUCUUUUUCUGACCACGCUCUUUCCUAUUUUUUGUUGUGUUCAAUGAUUUUUUUUAAUUUUUGGAAUUGCUUGAUGUUGAAUUGUUGUUAAUUAAUUAGGUUGUAAUAAUUUAAGCGGAUUUUAUUUCAACAUAAAGAAGAGUAUAUAGUAAUGAGAUAGUUUUGUUUUAUGAAAAUGUUAUUAAAUCAUUAUUACAUUUGCGAUUAUAAUUUUCUGGUAAUUGUUUUGAAAAUAUACCAUUUUCUGUUUAUACUGUCGUUUAAGUGAUCACUCAUUAAUUGUCAAAAUAUCUUUCUGUACCUUGAUAAAACAUAAAAUUUAUCUUAGAGUGCAAAUUUAGUCUAGCUAGAGAUGAUAAAUUCAUAAAAUUACUUUUACCUGUUUUGUAAUCAGUUCUCAUAUCUUUAACCUCUACUCACUUCUUUAACCUCAAAACCAGGAAUAUUCAGAUUUCUCUCUUGCUUAACCGUCAGAUUAUCUAAAUCAUACUUUAGCCGUUUCUAGACGUCUCAUGACAAACUAAGACAACAAAUACUUAGUCGUAGGAUUGCUGCAUUCUGCUGUGUCGUUAGUGGUUUUGUAGACUCGAAUCAUUCAACUCUACUGCACUAACCACUGACUACUUAACCUUACUUGAAUUUGAGAACUAUUAGUACCAGGUUAGUUCUGUUAGUUCUGUAGUUCUACGGCCUCCAAGGCCCUUUAGUUUAAACAGGUGAUAUUAGUUAGCCUUAGCUCUGCAUACCAAGAACAACACAUUUUGUAAAUUGCUUUCAGUUAGGACUUGGUUUAUGUCCUUUAGCUGCUGGUGUGGUUUUUUUUAUAGCUUACUUUAUAUUUAUUCUAUUUUUCUCUUACAUCUGCGGUUGCUGAAGUGUUUGCAAGUUCUCAAAACACUGUUGAAAAGUUCUGAAUUAAAUGUUCUUAUCUACAUAAAACUUUGAAUAUGUUAAAGGAUUUAUUUUUUGUGGGAAGUAUAAUUUUAGCCACAUGAGCAAGAGAUAUUAUGUCUGAUUAUCAGUUCCAUAACCCUAAAUCAUUGAUUAUUUCUUCAUUGUGAGCAGAUUUUGCUGAACAAUUGAACUUAAUCAAUCUUCCAAGCUGGUCUUGAGAAGAUUAAAAGUAGAAUGACCUGUACCUGGUUUUUUUUAAUUGGAUGUGGAACUAAAUCUAUUUUAUAUUAAACUCUAUCAACAAAUUGAAGUAUUAUAAAAGAAUUAAGGAGUCCUAGACACAUAAAACCUUUAAUCCAAUCUAUGUGAUUUGAUGUAUGUCAGUUAAUUGUUUUCUUCAGACUUGUUAGAAUACUAGAAACUUUCUCAGUAAUCAUAACUCAGCUUCCAAAUAUCCUUAAAAGUAUAACAUUUUAAUUACAAUUAAGUGCUAAAAGUCAAUUUCAUCUUUACUCAUAAUUAUAACCUCCAUCAUUUACUUAAAUUCUUACUUUACUACAGUCGACUCAAAAUUGAGAAGAUUGUUUAUAUGUUUAUUUUGGGGUUUUAUAAUACAGCAAUUUCAUCUGUGUUGUUCUUGACCAUUUGUUUGCGGAAUUGUUAUCAGAAUUUGUUUGUUUAUUGGUUAGUUGUUAGGUUUGCUCGGCCCUGUACUUACCGACUUUUAACUUAUAAAUAGGCCUGGAUAGCGUCUUAAGCUUGUAUAUAAGUGUAAAUGUUCUAGGGUAUAUACUGUCUACUAAGUUUCGGUCUUGAAAUAAGAGUGUAUUUUUUUAGAAGUGUAAAUAGUCGUAUUGAGAGAUUGGUCUAUAUUUUUGGUUUGGGUCGAAGUGGGUCGUCUCGUCGCAAGUGCCAAGUCGCAGGGGAUCUACGUUUGUUAUCUUCUCAUUUCUAUUGUAUGUCUUCAUAAAACAUAAAUAUAUCAAGUUUCUAAUAAAAAAGUUAUUUUAACAAGUGUA